AUUUGAAUAGAAUGAUGCACUUAUCCAGACGAAUAGAUGCUAACUUGAAACGACUCUCGUCCGAAAACUAAGGAUUGGAAUUUGACUAAAGCUAGAAGAAGUCAUACAAUCAUCUUUACAUCUCCACCCAUCAUCAUUCUUCAUAUUCCUCAUACAAAACCUAAUAUCUCCAUCAUGGGCAGCGUUCAAGAUGACAAACGUUGGAUCCUAUAUGCAUUCGCAAUGGGCUGUUCAGGCCAUCAAAGUCCGGGCUUGUUCAGUUUACCGGAAGAUAAAUCCGUCUACCACAACAAGUUGAGCUACUGGACAGAUCUAGCAAAACUUCUCGAGAAAGGAAAGCUUGAGGGUGUCUUCUUGGCAGAUGUUUGGGGUGGUUAUGAUGUUUAUCAAGGUAAACUCGAUCCUGCUCUUUCGAGUGGAUCACAAUUCCCUGUGAUUGAUCCUCUUUUGACAAUUUCCGGUAUGGCCGCUGUUACGAAAAAUCUUUCUUUUGGUAUCACUGCUACAACAUCUUAUGAACAUCCUUAUGCACUCGCACGUAGAUUUUCCACUUUGGAUCAUCUUACAAACGGUCGUGUAGGCUGGAACGUUGUAACGGGUUAUUUGGAUUCGGCUGCUCGUCAAUUUGGUGCGAAGAAUCAAGAAUUACAUGCAAAACGUUAUGAAGUUGCACAUGAAUACAUGGAUGUAUUUUACAAAUUAACCGAAUCAUCUUGGGCUGAUGAUGCAGUCGUACAUGAUAUCAAAGCCAAGAAGCCAGUGUAUACAAGACCAGAACGUGUUCGUCAGAUCGAUCAUAAAGGUCAUUAUUUCCCUAGUGUUCCAGGACCACACAUUUGUGAACCUAGCUUGCAACGUACUCCGGUCAUCUUCCAAGCUGGUAGCUCAGGUCCAGGUUUAGCAUUUGCGGGUAAACAUGCAGAAGUGAUCUUUAUUGCCGCUCAUAGACCUGAUGUUGCACGAGCAAGAGUUGAUGCCGCACGUAAAGCAGCACAAGAAGCAGGCCGUGAUCCAAAGACAGUGAAGGUAUUGGCCCUUUUGGCUCCAAUCAUUGCUGAAACGGACGAGGAAGCACAAAAGAGACACGAUUACCUUUUCGAACACGGUAGCGAAGAUGGCGCUUUGGCAUUAUUUGGCGGAUGGACAGGAAUCGAUUUGAGCCCUUAUGGAGAUGAUGAAGAAUUGCGAAACCUUCCUGAAGGAAAUGCAAUCAAAUCGGCCGUAGAGGGAUUCGCACGUCAAGAUCCAAAAGUACAAAAAUGGACAAAACGUGAAGUUGCAAAUUUGAUUAAGCUAGGCGGAUUAGGUCCAGUUUUGGUCGGAAGUGCAAAAAGUGUUGCAGAUCAACUUGAAUCUUGGAUCAAAGAUGCAGGUGUUGAUGGUUUCAACUUUGCCUAUACUGCUUUCCCAAACACGUUUGUCGAAAUUGUGGAAUUAUUGGUCCCUGAAUUGCAAAAGCGUGGUCAUGUUUGGGGAGAUUAUGAAAAACCUGCUCCUGCUCCAUCUGAUUGGCCAUCAAACAAGAAACCUGAAGGCGCAGUAAAAGGAUUCGGAGAAGAUGAAGUCUUGGGCCUUACAACACGUGAAAAGCUUUAUGGUGUCGGUCAACGUCGUUUGCGUGAUGAUCACUAUGGUUCCACGUUCAGAUGGCGCGCAGGUCAAGAGCCUCCAAAGCUCAAUUGAGUGUCACAUUGGAUGCAUCUUAAGUAUCAAAUCUCUAUCGUCUAUAUCGUGAUUAUUUGCUACUCAUGCUAUCGAUGAAUUUGUGAACAGAGUAUAUAUGAAUGAAACAUGAAAAGAAUUAUAGGUCAUAAGCAACUACUACAACGUACAG